GAAUCUUAUUCUCGGAAACAAUCAGUAAUCCAACACUUACAGUCUCACUGACACUGUUUUGUCGUUGAUCCUUGUUCUAUAGUGUAAGAGAAAUGGCGAUGAUCCCCAGUUUCUUUGGAAAUCGAUGGAGCAGCGUCUUCGAUCCUUUCUCUCUCGAUAUUUGGGAUCCCUUCAAGGACUUCCCUUUCCCUUCCUCACUCACCACGAAUACAUCUGAAACCUCAGCUUUUGCCAAUACCCGUAUCGACUGGAAGGAAACCCCUGAAGCUCAUGUGUUCAAGGCUGAUCUUCCAGGGCUCAAGAAAGAAGAAGUGAAAGUUGAGAUUGAAGAUGACCGGGUGCUUCAAAUAAGCGGAGAAAGGAAAAUAGAAAAGGAAGACAGGAACGACACCUGGCACCGCGUGGAGCGGAGUAGUGGCAAAUUCUCGCGGAGUUUUAGGUUGCCGGAGAAUGUGAAGAUGGAUCAAGUUAAGGCUUCCAUGGAAAAUGGGGUUCUUACUGUUACUGUUCCCAAGGUGGAAGUGAAGAAACCUGAUGUCAAAGCUAUUGAGAUUUCUGGUUAGAAGACCGAAGGGCUUGAAGGGUACUGUUAUUAUAACUUACUUUUGUGUGUCUGCUUGUCUUCAAGUUUGAAAUGCCUUCAACAAGAAUAAACAUGGUGGGAUUGAUGUUAUAGUUAAGUUAUGGUUUGUGAUAUUAUAAUAUUACAGAGUUUUUAUCAAUAAUGUAAAAUUGUUCCUUCCUUUUAUUCACUCUGCUCUUUUUGAAUUCAGCUGCUCUAUUCAAAUCAUCUAUUUUAACCAUUUCAAAUUCAUUUUAGUAAUGGAGAUACAUU